AUGCGUGAUUCGUCGUUACAAAGAAUUUGUACAGAAUUAAUGCAAAUAGGUAUAAAAAUGAAUAUAAAAGAUAUAAAAAAUAAAAUAAAAAAUUUAAGAGCCACUUAUUGCCAAGAAUUGUCAAAAAUUGAGAAAUCGACCAGGUCUGGAGCAGGAGCUAAAGAUGAAUAUAAGCCUAAAAUGAAUUGGUUCGAGGAAAUGCACAGUUUUAUAAAAAACGUGCCAAUGAAAAGAAAAACAACGGACAGUCAAGAAUCAGAAACAAUAGACGAAGAGCCAGACAACAGAGGAACCGAUAUUGAAAAUAGUGAAGACAAUAUUGAUGUCAAUAUUGAUAACAGUGAAGAUGUUGCGGAUUCAGAAAAUUUGUUGGCACGGCCCUCCACAUCUAGCAGUACAUCGUCUAAUAUAACGAAACACAAAACGUCGGAAGUGUCAGCAGCACCAACUCCUAAAAGAAAAAGAUUUGCGCAAGUGACGUCAUUGGUUAAAGAAAUAAGAUCGAUCAAGGAAGAUUUAAAAAGUAUUCCUGAUGAGCAUAAUAUAAUACAUAACAUACCAGAGGAAAAUGAGCAUGACAUAUUUGGAAAAUUUGUAGCAAGUCAACUGAAACAAUUAUCUAUUAGACAGGCUAUUUUGGCUCGGGAUGAAAUUAAUGCUACAUUAUCUCGUGGUCGAUUGCAAGAUUUGAAUAAUGGAAAUACAACAUUUUCAUUCCAGACACUUUGUGACAACUCUUCAGCUUCAGACUCAACCACGACAAUUUAUACUGUACCAGUGCCACUUCCAUCAAAUGACUCGAUUUGCUCAACAAUCGAAUAUCAAAAAAAUUCUCACCAACAGAAUGAAAAUGAAAUCAAUUUUGAUUCUUUACGUAAUGAGAAUAAUGAUGGGAAUAUUAUUGUUACAGCAUUUCGCGAUGGAUAA